UCUGUCACGUGGCCGGGUCGAGCGGGCCGGGUGGGAGACCAGGAUGGGAGGCGGUCGGUUCUCGGUGGCGCUUCUUGUGCUGUUUCUUUCCUGUGGGAUUCCGUCCGACGGACAGAAGAAGAAAGAGACAAUUCUGUCUGAAAAAGUUGGGCAGUUGAUGGAAUGGGCAAACAGACGAGCUGUAAUCCGGAUGAAUGGUGAUAAGUUCCGUCGAUUUGUGAAGGCUCCACCGCGGAAUUACUCUAUUGUGGUGAUGUUCACUGCCUUGCAGCCACAGCGCCAGUGCACUGUUUGCAAGCAGGUGGAUGAAGAAUAUCAAAUCCUGGCCAACUCCUGGCGUUACUCAAGCUCCUUUGCAAAUAAACUUUUCUUUGCUUUGGUGGAUUUUGAUGAAGGAUCUGAUGUAUUUCACCAGCUCAAUAUGAAUUCUGCUCCAACGUUCAUGCAUUUUCCGGCUAAAGGGAAACCAAAACGAGCAGACACUUACGAACUGCAAGUUCGAGGAUUUGCAGCUGAACAGAUUGCACGCUGGAUUGCUGAUCGGACAGAAAUAAAUAUUCGUGUGAUAAGGCCACCUAACUAUGCUGGUCCUUUAAUGCUGGGAUUUUUACUCGCUAUAAUUGGUGGACUCGUAUAUCUAAGGCGGAAUAACCUUGACUUUCUCUAUAAUAAAAAUGGCUGGGCCUUCGUUGCUUUGUGUUUUGUACUUGCAAUGACUUCUGGUCAGAUGUGGAAUCACAUCCGAGGUCCACCAUAUGCACAUAAGAACCCUCAUAAUGGUCAAGUGAGUUACAUUCAUGGAAGCAGUCAAGCACAAUUUGUAGCUGAAACACACAUCGUUAUUUUGUUAAAUGCCGCUAUAACAUUGGGAAUGGUACUACUUCAUGAAGCGGCCACAUCUGAUAUGGAUAUAGGCAAACGGAGAAUUUUGUGUAUGGCAGGACUAGGACUGGUUGUGUUUUUCUUCAGUUUGAUGUUGUCCAUUUUCAGAGCUAAAUAUCAUGGAUAUCCCUACAGCUUUCUUAUAAGUUAAUCCUGGAGAAACAGAUAGAAGCUGAAAGAACAGCACAGCACCACACCGUAGUGUGAGAAGUUAAGACUAAACAUCGGAUUUAGAAGUUAGUUGUGUUCCAGAAUACCUCCCUAAUACAAUUCAAUUUUGAGGUCUCUCAGAAGAAGACUUUAACCAAAGAGAGCCUGUGGUGCCUUAGGUUUUGAUGGCCAACAAAAAAAAUAUUAAAAUAGGUAUUUACUAAUAAGAUUUUGGGUAUUAUUGGGGUAAAAUAGAAAAUUAUCAAAAAUUAAUCUGCAGCUUUUUUAAAAAAAAAAUGAGUAAUUUCCAUUGAAUGAAGUGCCUUAAAUGGAAUUGUUCGAAGAUUCAGGUCUCAAAGGGCUGAUUUGCAUAUGGUUGAACUUGUGAAGUGUGAUUUUUGAAAUAUUUUAAUAAGUUGACUUAAUAUCACAUUUCAUUACGUAUAUUAUGUCAACUUUAGCUUACACUGUGAACUUGGCUAUUAUAACAUUUACAAUAAAGCAAUGACUUGAUGUCUAUUUAUUUUAAUGACCAGGUCAGAGCUUUCUAUUCUUAAAAAUAAUUUUUUCACAGUCCACUUGAUGUGAGCAUAUAGGUAAAACAUUAAAACGUUGAAUGUUGAUUCUGUAAAAUUUUUACAGUGCAAAAUGUUACUGCGACUUGGAUAAAAAUAAGAAAACACAAAAUGCUGGAAAUACUCAGCAAAUCAUCAACUUGAAAUGUUCUCUCUCUCUCUCUCUCCUGACCUGCUGAUUAAUUCCAGCAUUUUUUGUUUAUAUUUUGGAUUACCAGCAUCUGUGGAUUUUUUUAUUUGUAUUUUUCAGAAUAAAAGUGUGUGUGUGGUGCAUUCUUGGUGUCUGGAUUCAUAAGCAAGGUUGUUGAAGAUAAUGAUAAAGAGUAAAAUAUAAGCUGAAGCCUUAAUUUUUACAUUUGACGUAAAUCAUAUAACUACCUAUUUUAUCUAAACAUGCAGUUAGUUCAUUUUUGUUCUACAUUUCUGAAUGCAUUUAUGUUUGCCAUGUAGUGCAUCACAAGAAUGAAAUCAUUACACCCAGUGCAAAUCAUGCAAUACGAUCUCAAAUACAGUUGAAAUACAUCGUAAUACAGUCAAUGUUAGAAGUGUAAAGAUUGAUCGAUUCUCACAAAGAUGUGAAAUUGCUUGCUGUUGAAUUUGUUUCCCAAUACUUGAGGACUCAACGACAUGGUACAUUCAGAAGAAACGGGGAGAGGAAUAAAACUGGGCAAAAGUUGGUUACAACUAAUCUUAUGUUUAAAAUAUAGCAGAGUGUGCUCUUUGACUCUUAAGUAAAAGCUGCUGGUCACCUCAAGUUGCAACACUGGAUUGUAUGAAAACGAUUUACAUACUUUUUUAAGAAAAAAAGCAACAAAUUUGCAGUCAUAUCUGUGAGCUAAGUUUGUUGCUACGUGUAGAAUCAAAAGUAAUAUGUAACCUUGUCUUCAGUUCCCAAUAUAAACUGUAAAACUUCAGAAAUGCUACCAACAGAACAAAAUAAUUAUUUCAACACUUGUUUUUAAAAUUACCUCUCUUUUGUUUGUUUGUUGAUUUCAAUUGGAAUUGUGCUACAUGUAUUAUUUGACUUGGUUUCUCAGGCUUGGGGAAAAGAAAUUCAGCAAGGACAUACUACCGAAACUUCCUGAUGUAUUUCUGUUAGAUGUUAAUACAGAUAAGCAAGAUGAAGGAUGGCAGUGGUGUGGUGGCAUCAGAGUUAAACAGUCAUCCCUGAAUGCAUUCUUUCAUUACUUCAGAAAUUUUUAACAUAAACACUGAACAAUAACCUAGAUAGCCAUAGAAGAGAUUCGAAAUGGUAUUUCAAGAAUGGCCUUGCAUAUGGCUGUUUUGCAGUUCUUUAGUUAGAGUUUGGCUUCUCAUUGAUGGUUUCUGAGCCAUUUCUUUAUAUUUGUAUUAUUUGAUCCUGCAUUUUCAAUUUUAAUUUUCUACUUUAUUAUUAAAUAUUAAAAUUUGCUGGAAAUAAUAGUGAAUUACUUUCUCUUUUCACAGAAUGUCAGUGUAACAGGCAAGAACAAUAUUGUACUGCCCAUCCAGAGGUUUCCUUGAACUGAUUUUCAAGCUGGGUGGAAAAGUAGCACCCUUGCUACCCUUUUCCACCUCUGCACCUCACUCAGCCACACAAGUCUAGUAAUAAUCACUGCCAUUGAACUGUUACAAUAUGACUAUUACACUUGUGUGUAGAGGGUAGAUUUUGUUGGUUAUGUGUUUAUUUUUUAAAGUGCAACAGAGGAAGUGAUUACAGAAAGAUCAUGCUGCCUUCCUUUCCCCCAGUCUACCACAUCUUUUGACAUACUGAUGCCAUUAGGAUUCCUUGUGUUGACAAAUGAAUGUACCCGUCUUUACCCUCUAACAGCUUCCCCCAACCUCUAUACCUGGCACCUGAAUGACCCACAGGCUAUCGCUUUUUUUAGUAUUCUCUUUUCCUGCACUCUAACCAUUCAAUGCCUGAGUCGGUGACGGAGGCCAAUAAAUCAAGCAACACAUUCCAUUACUAUUUCCAGAUUCCCAUUCCACAACAUUAUUAUAAUUCAAAACCCUAGUCCAUUGUUAUGAAGGAUUAAUUCCCUAAACUACUUUUUCACCUUUGCUACUGCUAAGCCGCACAUACUCAGUCUUUGUUAUAUGUAACUUUUCAUUGUCUUAUAUUUAGAAAAAAUAGAAUGAACAUUUAAGUUCAGUUUUCAUGCCAAAUAGGCAGACUAAUGAAGUUCCAGAGCAAUGCUAAAAGCCAUGUAAUAUUUCGUAUUCACAUUGUCACUGUAAUUUAUUGCGUUACAUUCAUAUGGUGAGUCAACAUUUAUAGGAUGUAAUAAAUAUAAGUUAGCUUUAUAAUCAAGUUUUAAAUGUCAGACUAGCUCUGUAUAAUUAACAUUUUUGAAUUGGACUGUUUGGUAUCAUAAUAGAUCACCUCAUUCUGGUAAUUGGAAUUUAGGCUGGUCAUUAAAUGAAAAACCCAACUCUACAUGUGUAGUCCUAUUAAAGCUUUCCUACAUAUUCAAAUCUCUUGUUUACAUGCAUUUUGCAUUUUAGCUGCCUUGUAUUACCUGAUUUUUGAAUUGCAUGAACUGUAAGAACCUGAAACCUUGAUUAAUUGAAGCCAUGUGAAUACCAUCUGCUGGGAGGGUGGCGAUAUGAAUCUAGCUGGGAACUAUUUUAACUGUGUUUUAUACUUACAAAAAAACAAUAUUAUGGUACUCUUUACCGUGUGAUUUUUAACACUGGUUUGUUGAUGGCUUUUAAAAAAAAAUCUUGUUGGUUUAAUAGCAGCUUUGUAAUUGUGCUACAGAAAUGCUUCUUGUAACUGAUUCGGUAUCAACUGCAAACUCAGUAAAUUUAAAUUUGCUUCUAGUGGUAUUGUAUCCAAUGCUACAUACUAACUUUUAAUUUAUUUUCCUAAAUAAUAUAAUUUUGUUUUCCUGUGACUUAAGUACUCUUAACAUUUUGCCUUCAUAUGUAAUUUAAUACAAUGUGCAUGUACUGUUUAUUAUCAUCUGAAGACCAGUAAAACUAAGGAAUGGACCUAAAUUGUUCGGGUACCUUGUUUAUCAUUUCACUCCUGCCAGCUAAGCACUAUUAGUAAUUGGAUUUGCUUUAUAUUUUCAUAUUCUAAGUCUUAGAAUCAUUUGUAUACAGUAUAUUUGUCUUUUCUAAUAAAUUUUGACAGGAUUAUUGUCAAUUGUUUUGAUAAACCGAGCAAGCUUGUACAAACCCUACGGAGCUGUUCUCUAAAUUUGCUGUAUUGUAGUUGCACAAAGUGCUCAGAUACUUCACCGUGAUGUUCUGCAUUAAC